UAUUCAAUUUCUACUGUUCAGUUUCUUUUGUCCUUAGAAGCUGUACGUUUGUCAAUGAUUCUCUGCCUUGGAGACCCACGAGGGGAACAGGACUCCAUUUAGUUCAGGCGACGUGAGCGUAAAUCCGACAGUCCCCCGGGGAGUCCCAGGGGGUACGUCCCCAACGCUGCCCUCACCAAGAUGGCCCCAGGCCGGCCGGAGGGGGCAGCCAUCUUGGUAGCGGCGGGCCGGCGGCCAGGGUGGGACUAACGCCGGCCGGCCCGCCAAAUGCCAAGGUCACAGUGAGUGUGCGACCCGGGAAAAGGGUAGGCGCACCUAACUGCCGCCUGGGCUCCCGCGGUGCAGGGGCGCCCCAGCGACGGCUCCCUUAAAGGAUGGCGAGGUGGCGGGCGAUAAGGCCCUGCCUCCAUCUGCUGGCGCUCUCUGCGGAGCCGGAGCGGCAGCGCCGGAGGCAGAGGAACGGCGGCUCCGCCCGCUGCGCCGGGUUGGCGUGGCCCGCAGCGCUGUGGGUUGCGGCGGAAGAGCAGCAGCAGCAGCCGCAGCAGCAGCGCCCUCGCGCGCACCCGGCCGCCCCCCCCGCCAGUUCUUCACCAAUGGACAUGGAUGAAAAUGAAAGUAAUGAGUCAGGGAUGACAAGCGGCCAGUGCCCUGAUGAUGCGGUACAAAAAGGACAAAAUUCAGCACAGGAUUCUGGUGAAAGUGAUUCUUCUAAGUUGUCCAAGAAAAGCUUCAAGCUGGAUUACAGACUAGAGGAAGAUGUAACUAAAUCAAAGAAGGGCAAAGAUGGGAGGUUUGUUAACCCGUGGCCCACAUGGAGGAAUCUGUCCUUUUCCAACGCUCUCAAGUGGCUGAUCACGGAGAAGAAUCACAGCAGCGUCCCGAGCUGCAAAGAGGAACUUGACAAAGAGCUCCCAGUGCUUAAACCCUAUUUUAUUGAUGACCCUGGAGAAGCCGGAGUGCGGGAGGCAGGCUUACGGGUCACCUGGCUGGGCCACGCGACGCUGCUGAUCGAAAUGGAUGAGCUCAUCUUCCUCACAGAUCCCAUCUUCAGCUCUCGCGCCUCUCCAUUCCAGUACGUGGGUGCAAAGCGGUUUCGUCCUCCCCCGUGCACGAUAGAGGAACUCCCCCCGAUAAAUGCUGUCCUCAUCAGUCACAACCACUACGACCACCUGGACUACAAUUCUGUUGUUGCCUUGAACGAGCGAUUUGGAAAUGAACUGAGGUGGUUCGUGCCUUUGGGUCUCCUUGACUGGAUGCAAAAGUGUGGCUGUGAGAAUGUCAUUGAGCUGGACUGGUGGGAGGAGAAUUGUGUCCCCGGCCACGACCAGGUCACCUUCGUCUUUACGCCUUCGCAGCACUGGUGCAAAAGGACUCUCAUGGAUGACAACAAGGUUCUGUGGGGCAGCUGGUCUGUCUUGGGGCCUUGGAAUCGAUUUUUUUUUGCAGGAGAUACUGGUUAUUGCUCUGCGUUUGAAGAGAUAGGAAAGAGAUUUGGACCUUUUGACCUUGCAGCUAUUCCCAUUGGAGCUUAUGAGCCAAGCAUUACUUAGAGCCUCCAGUGAAACUGAGUGAAGCUUUGGAAAGAUAUGGACUUAAGACUGAAGAUUUUUUUGUCUUGAAGCAUGGAGAAUCAAGAUACUUAAAUACUGAUAAUUAAAACUGAAUAAAGAUGAGCACAGAAGCUUUUAAUGAAAAAGGCAUCAUUUGAUAUAAAUUGGGAAACAUGAAAAGACUAAGAAAUUCCUGAGUGUUAAAGACUUUUUCAUUAGCAAACAGCUCCUGCAAGUGUGUUUUAUGUUUUAUGUAAUAACUUGCUUACCAGUAUGAUGACCAGCUUAUGAAAACUAUGAAGGUAGUUCAGGGGUGGGUCAUUUAAAUAAUGAGUUGGCCAAUGUGGAUAUAGAAAUAUAUCAGUGGUAUAAGCAUUUCAGUAGAAAGUUUUUAACUAAAGUACUAUACUUUAGUGGUUGUAGAAUUUUCUGAGGUUAUGAAAAACUGCUAUUAAAGACCCAUCUGUUUUUCUCUUUAGGGCCUUCAGGGUAAGUCAAGGCUGUCUCCUCACAUCUUUUCAGAGGCCUACACACACAUCUAAUAUUCACAUUGUAGUAAGUGAUACAGCUGGCUCCCACAUGCUUAUAAACAUAGCAUUUCUUGCUCUGUCAUGAUUAGCUUACAUGCCAAAUGUUAGGUGAUGUACUUGGGUAAGCAUAAAAACAUAGGUGUUUGGGCUAAAUUACCAUUUUUAAAGACUUAAGUACUUUUUGUGAUAAAAUAUACCUAACAUAAACUUUAUUUUAACCAUGUAAAAAAUGUAGUUUUUUGGCAUUAAGUAUAUUCACAUUCUUGUGCACCUAUGACUACCAUGACUUAAAAGUUUUAAAAGAGGGGAACUGUAUAUUGCACAUUUAUGAUCCCCAAAUUAAAAGUGCACUGAUCUGGGCAGAGGAGGGGAAAGGGUAUGGUGAUGAGAACAUGAUUUAUGAAAUUUUCUAUUUUUAAUAUAAAACAACUGCUAAGCACAAAUAUAGCUGUAAUUAAGUAUUUCAGAGAAGAUAAGUGUAGAUUUUACAUGUGACUAUACACUUUGACUUACUUUCUUCAUUUUCCAUUUCCUUUAUAUACACAUUUUUCUGGUUUGCUAGCACUAAUCCCCAUUUGUUUUAUAAAUAUUUUGUUUUAUAUGAUUAAGAUGUCAUAUAUUUUUGUAUCAAAUGACCUCUAAGUAUGAUAGUACCUUUGUGGAAUACAAGUGAUUGUUAAAAUAAGAUACUGGGUGUCAGCUGAGUUGAGUUUUAGGGGUAAUAAGGCUCUGUAUUCACUUGAUUGCUCUAAACCAGCUGUGCAUGGUGGCACAUGCCUGUAAUCCCAGAACUCUGGAAGGCUGAGGCAGGAGGAUCACCAGGGAGGUGUGUUAGAUGCUAUUAGAGGGCCAUUCCAUGCUCCGGUUCCAUAGGCUUAGUGAAGUACUUUAUUCACACAAAAUAACACGUUUUCUAAACCCAAUGUUACCUAGGCAUUGCUCUGUAAUUGGAUUUGUACGGGUCCAUGCAUGACACAUUAACCACUGAAUCUGAAUUUUAAUUUUCAUCGUUUCAUCUUGAAUUUUCUUUGUAACCUGAAAAGUCACUAUGCUUGCUCACUGUGCCUCUUCCUCAUGUGCAACAAGAGGGUAAUUUUGACCUACCUCCAAAAUGUGUAAAAUUAAUAAAGAGAUUUUUAAAAAGCA